AUGUGUCGUUUUCUGAUCUAUAAAGGACGUAACGAGAUCCGUCUCAGCAAGCUGGUAACAGAGCCCAGCCAUUCCAUUCUGACUCAGUCCUAUGACUCCCGCUUAAGAUUGGACAACCGCCGCCCAGUAAACGGCGAUGGCUUCGGUGUAGGAUUCUACACCGACCCUAAACUAGGCCCAGAGCCUUGUAUCUUCACAUCCACACUUCCAGCCUGGAACUGCGAGAAUCUCGAGCGCCUUGCAUCAAAGACAUGCUCAAAUCUAAUCUUCGCUCACGUUCGCGCCACGACAGAAGGUGCCCUCGCAGACAACAACUGUCAUCCAUUCCAACACCAGACGCUGAUGUGGAUGCACAAUGGCGCCGUUGGAGCCUGGAACAACAUUAAGCGUACGUUGGCAUCGUCGCUUUCUGAUAAGUGGUUCCUGGGUGUGAAAGGUGGAACGGAUAGCGAGUGGUCUUUUGCGCUAUUCCUUGAUCUAUUGGAGAGAGAAGGUGUGGAUCCGUCUUCGGAUCCUGGGCCUGAGGGCUUUGGUCAGGCUCUGCUGCGAAAGGUCAUGAUGAAGACUAUUGCGAAGAUUAAUGAGUUUAUUGCUGCGAUUCCGGAGCAGAGUAAGACUGCGGGAUUGGAGACGCGCAGUUUGUUGAAUUUCGCCGUUACGGAUGGUCAUACUGUUAUUUGUACCAGGUAUAUCAGCAGUAAGACGGAUGAGCCGGCCAGUCUGUACUUUUCGUCAGGGACGAAGUGGAAGGAGGGAAGUACGAAGGGACACUUCAAGAUGGAGCGUCACGAUAAGGGUGCUGAUAUUGUCUUGGUGGCUAGUGAGCCGAUUACUUUUGAAAGACAUAAUUGGGUUUCUGUCCCGACUAACUCAGUCGUCACAAUCCACAAGCAGACUGUGCUGCUUCAUCCGAUUUUGGAUGAAUUCUACAGCGAGGGUCUGAACCAUGACCGUUCAUCUUGCUAUGCUUCUUCCAAGGGUCUUGUGAGCACAGCACCGGGUACUACAGUUCCACCCUCGAAAAACCCGGACACUUGUGCCCCAUCGGAGCCUAGCUUGGAGGCAAAUCGGUUGAGUCGUUCUACAGAAUGUGCCGUUUAG